UGUUGGGGUAUUUUCAAGAUGGCGCUGGACUGUGGCCGGAAUGCCGCUGAUGCAGCCAGUUAGAAACGCAGAGGGGAUUUAAUUAAUCUUCUGUCCGGCGGCGCCGUUGUAUUCUCGAGACGGAACUAAUACAGUCACUGUGAGACAUUAAAGGACUGACAUGUCCCACGCGGUGAGUAUCGGGUAACGUUGAAGGCUAAAAUGGUAGCCCCUUCUUCAAAGAACAACAAAACCUGCUGCUGCUUUUGCUGCCGCUGCGGAGCCGGGCCGACCGGGCGGGUGGACUCGUUGCGGGAUUUCACGCCCGGGGUCAAGGCUCGCUCGACGGACUGAGUCGCCAUGGAAACGACGAAGGAGAACGGAGGUGCGCUCGCCGUCGACUUGAACGAGAACGAAGAGGGCGCCGCCGACGCGGGAGAGGGGCCGGCGGCUCGCGGACGCUACGUAGCGCUGAAGGACCGCAGCGCCGCGCCGCGCGCCGGAGUCAGCGGGGGUCAGGAAGCCGGGAGGGGUCACGUUUAUGUCACCGGUAACGAGAGGAAUGCAAACAGAGACGCCUCGGCUCAGCCGCCCCUACGCGAGAGGGAGAUCACGUUGGAUGUGGUCGCUGCGGAGAACUGCCCCCCCGUCCAGUUGACCGGCGGCCGCGUGACAUCGGGGGUUCGCGGCGUCCUGAACGGAUUCAACGAGUCAUCCGGCCAGGAGGAGCCGGGGGUGGUCGUAGGCGGAGGAGGCCUCUCGGGGACCACAGGCGCUUCCCGUCCAGCUGUGCUCGAGGUUCGGGUUUCAGGGGACCGGGGCGGAGGGACGAGGCAGCCUCCCGCGGGGGAGAGCGAAGGGGAAACCCCGGAUUCCGACGACGACGACGACGCCACGCCGGGAGAAGAGGCCACCGGCUGCACCAGGACCUUCCUGCCCCCCGACCGGCUGCCGUGCACGGGGAAGCACCAGCGGGACGGCGCUUGCACGGCCCUCGGGGGUCCGGAUGUAAACAUGGCUAACGGGGAUGUUGGCAGCCCCGAAGCCGACCUGGCUUGCUGUAAACAGACAGGGGCGCUGGUUCUGGACCAGACACUCGGUCUGUGCGCGGGAGUUAAAGCUGUGAACGGCGGUUUCCACAUCGUGACCAACGCCAGAGCAACGUGCGACUGGUCCGACUCGGACUCUUCCCCCGAGAACCACUCCGACGUGGACCUCGACCUGGGGGAGACGCGGCAGAGCUCUCGGUACCCGGGGGACAAUGCGACCAGCGUCCCCCACUCCCUCGACCCACCCAAGGACUCCCCCACCCUGGGACCAAGUGCCAAACCGCCCCCGUCCUGCCGGUCCACCGCGGAGGACGAAUUCGGUGACCUCAGUCUGCCCGUCAGGCCGCAGAGUUUGAGGACUAACUCCAACACCGUGUUGUCCCUGAGCUGCGACGCCACGCCGUUGUCCCCCGACGACGAUGGGGGGUUUUAUUUCGGAGACGAGGGCUGCGAGGGGGACUUCAGGGGCGUUUUGGAAGCGGGUCGCAGGCAGAGCGCCCCGGACAAGCUGCCCGAUGUGACCCAGGAGGCGGACGGCUCGGACCUGAAGCUCAUGCCAAAGAGGUUCGGCAUAGCAGAUUUCUUCACCAGGAGCCUGUUUUCUAGGAAAUCCAAAGAGCCCAAGGCAUUGUCCCACAAUGCAACAGGGUGGCGACUGUUUGGCAAGACCCCCGUUCCAGACGAUCCAACGACGGACCCCGACUCCCCCUCGUCCACGCAGGAGGAAGAGCUGGAGGAGGACGCAGGAGAGUCCGCGGGCGCUCCGCUUCCCUCGGCUGCAGCCAGGAGGAAGAACCUGGAGUUUGAGCCGCUCUCCACCACCGCUCUCAUCCUGGAGGACCGUCCAGCGAACCUUCCUGCCAAAUCUCUGGAGGAAACUCAGAGACACAAAAUGGAGUACGACGAGAUGGUCGCAGGAGCGAAGAGGAGAGAGAUGAAGGAAGCCCAGAGGAAGAAGCGUCAGAUGAAGGAGAGGCACAGGCAGGAGGACAGCAUCUCCAACGCCAUGGUGAUCUGGAACAACGAGAUCCUGCCUCAAUGGGACAGCGUGAAGGGAACGAGGCGGGUGAGGGACCUCUGGUGGCAAGGACUUCCUCCCAGCGUCAGAGGACGAGUGUGGAGCCUCGCCAUCGGCAACGAGCUCAACAUCACGCCAGAGCUGUAUGAGAUCUUCCUAUCCAGAGCCAAAGAGAAGUGGAGGAGUUACAGCGAAACCAGUUCAGUCAACGACAGUGAGAAUGACGGAGGGGCGUCUCUGGCUGACAGAGAGUCCAGCCUGGACCUCAUCAAACUAGACAUUUCCAGAACCUUCCCCUAUCUCUUCAUCUUCCAGAAGGGCGGGCCCUACCAUGACCUCCUCCACAGCGUGCUGGGGGCUUACACCUGUUACAGACCUGACAUUGGCUACGUCCAGGGAAUGUCGUUCAUCGCUGCUGUGCUGAUCCUCAACCUGGAGGAGGCCGAGGCCUUCAUCACCUUCGCCAACCUGCUCAAUAAACCCUGUCAGAUGGCCUUCUUCAGAGUGGACCACGAGCUGAUGUUGAAGUAUUUUGCCGCCUUUGAGGUUUUCUUUGAGGAGAAUCUUCCUCGUCUCUUCAGCCACUUCCAAAUCAACAACCUGACCCCCGACCUUUACCUGAUCGACUGGAUCUUCACCCUGUACAGUAAGUCCCUCCCCCUGGACGUGGCGUGUCGGGUGUGGGACGUCUUCUGUCGGGACGGGGAGGAGAGCCUGUUCCGGACGGGGCUCGGUAUCCUGCGGCUGUUCGAGGAGGUCCUGCUGCAGAUGGACUUCAUCCACAUCGCCCAGUUCCUAACGCGCCUGCCGGAGGACCUGCAGGCGCACACGCUCUUCACCGCCAUGGCCAACACGCACAUGAUCAGCAGGAACCGCCGCUGGGCUCAGGUGUUUUCUGCCUUGACAAAGGAUGUAAACAAAGAGACGGACAAAAACUCCAGCCCAGCUUUUAGAAGCUAACACUAGCCGCCCUCGAUGCUAACGCCACCUUUCUUCAAGCUGUGAAGGUUGAAGCUCAUGCUGCCAACCCUGAACUUCAGAGGAGAACGCCAGCCGGGCCCUCCGAGGUUAGACGUGCAGCUUGAAGCUACGUAGCCCGAAGCUGAACUUUCCCUCCGGAGGCGUCGCUACGAAGCUUUAAGUGAACACGGUGCCGGUCGCGAAGGUGGAAGCCACGUUCGGGAUUUUGUACCGGAGAAGAGCUGCCGGAGGGAAGAAAUUAAAUCUGUGUUGGAGCCGGAGAGGCGACACCAGAGCGGUUUGUUAAGUCCAAACCUCAACAGCCAUUGUCAGUAUUUCACCAGACAGAUUGGGGAGAAGCGGCUGCCGUUCAGCAGCAGUGUACCUGAUCUACCAGCCCCGAGAAGCUCACCAAUGUAAACUGAAUAUCAGAUGAACUCUGUAUUAUUCCUCCUGCCUAACGGAAGGAGAUGUUCACUCGCUUGUGGAGAUUCUGCCUCCACGUCGGGACACAAACACCACUAACACCGAGCAUUGCGCCCGGCGUAAUUCUCCCGAGAGGCUCUAAUUCUCGUCGUCGGUGCUAACGAUUCUCUAAAGGCUUCAGAAACGACCUCUGCGUUAACUAUUAUUGUUGCUCCUUGUAGGUUUUUGAUUUGACACUAUUAUUAAUUUGCAUUUCCAGCUUGAACGUAGAUCUGCAGUAGCAUAGCUGACUCUGUUAUACUGGGGUAACAUAUAAAUCAGCCCCCAACUUCAAAAUCAUUCAUCUGUAGGCGAAAACACAACGGAAUGAGGGAAGAAAACACAGAACACAAAAAGCAAUGGAGGAAAUGGAAUGAUUUUUUUUUCUUUCUGAUAACGAGUAAGAAAUAAUACACAUCUCAUCAGCUCCAAGCAGACUAGAUAUUUUGAUGUUUUUGCAGGAAAUCAACUAUUCCAUGACCCCAUGUGUUGAAUAGUACUAAAGUAUAUUGGGGGAAAUUUAGUGGGAAAACUGCAUGAAGAUGAAUUCAUGAAAUGUCGAUUUAUAUGAAGUUUAGCUAAAAGUGUUUGGGUCUAAAUGAUCCGUACGGACCGUCGCUGCAGCAUUAAGGGGACCAUCACAUUUUAAAAUCAGUGUUUCAAGGAUCUGGAUUCAUCAAAGCACUUUAUACCUGCAGCACGGAUCUACAUGAUGGAAACCAAACGGGGCGCCAAGUGCCUGCAGGUUUUCUCUGUCCCGUCGAUGGACACCAGGCGACCGGCGUUCAAUAGAAACCUGCAGGCAGAUUCCAGAGCACCACCGCCGGCUCGGCUUUUAGCUUUUACUAGUUUCCGCUUGGCAGUUGAGCUUUUUAGUCUUUGCAGCCAAACUUUUCUCGCUUGUUUCAUCGUCUGUGAAAAUGCAUAGAUCAAUUUCCGCUGCAGAUUUAAAGUUACGCUUGUUGAACUCUUAAAAAAGAAACAUGCACAUGUUACAACUUUUUCUUAUGAGGAAAUUGCGCGGGAGAUACUUCCGACUUUUUGCAUCAACAUAUAACACUCUGCUUCAGUGUGAAGCAACGUCGAUCAAACUCCUCUGUUCCAGAUGGCGCGAUUCCUUUUAUUGAAUCUGGAUUAGAAUCUAGAGGCCGUACGUCGCUCAAGUGCUUUACAUCACCUCCACGUCCGCCCUGUCACUCUGUUAUUAGCACUCCUUUGAUUUACACACACUGAGUGUAGCCUUCACCUCCAUUUCACCCCUACCUCUCCAUGACACGCACACACUCCACUUACCUACCAGCAAAUGAGCAGCAGGCCUUAAGAAUGUGGACCAAACCGCCACUUUUGUAUUUUUGUCACGGUGGGAAAUUCCUACUGGGGGGGAAACUCCCCAUCCAGCCUGUCGUUUGUGUUGAUGUUUGUAUGAAUUGCUAAACUCUGUUCGAGUCAUGUCGUCUUGAAGUGAGUUAUAUACUUUUGAUCCCUUCAGGGUAAAAGCACCGUUGGCUUUACGCUCCAAAAUAAAACUACAGAAACUUAUUCAAAUUCUCACUGACUUCACACUGAGACUCGUAACCUCUAUGAGCGAUUUAGGAAGUCAACUCAAAAAGUCUUUGUGUUUCAAGUUCUAAUAUGAACGAAUUGCUGAGCAAGUACUUGAACAUCAGAUGGAGACGGAGUCCGUGCCACAUGUUGGAAGCUGCAGGAUGUUAUGCAGUUAAACAUGCAUGUAAAAAAGGAUUAACACAUGCGUGUACGAAACUUUUAAGAUGGCAUCGUGUGCGUUAAUUGGUUACAAACAACACUUUCUGAGUUAAUUCACCUCUAAGAAAACUCUUAAAACACCUCCCGGGAAUCCGAAGAAGCAAUAGAAGAAAAUAAGCACUUUGGGAACAUGAGCUGUUUGUUUAUUUUUUAUUUUACACUAAUUACAAUUAAAUGAGUGCAAUUAAUCUCUAAUGAAGUUGUGGUAAAAUGUUGGUUUAAAGGUAAUAAAUUCCCAUUAACAGGUUUCCAUCUGGUCUCAUGACAAACUAAAAUGUGACCACUGGGUGUGAAAACAAACCUUAUUUCCUACAUGUUUGUGAUCUUUGAGCGUUUUCAUUUCCAUUAGCUUUGUUUGUUACAGUCAGAUGCACUUUUUCCAUUUUUCAGUUGUCUCUCGAUCCUGAGAAGUUUUCUCUUUAACAUCUAACUUGAAAAUGGUCAACAAGAGUUCUUAAACAACAACUAGAAGAAUUUAUUUACACUUUUCAAUGUGAACCAAACCUUUUUUUCAUUCAUAAUAAACGUUGUUGACUUGAGUUCACACCGACGUGUCGAUGAUGAAGAGCUUUCUGUCUUGUACUAGUUUGUACUCAUCUUCACUCAUCUUCACUGCUUUAGACUCCUCAAGGAGCAAAGUGCAAUAUGAUCCUGUUUCUAGGCAGGAGAUCCAUUGAUUGAUUGAUUGAUACCCAGAAUCCUCAGCGGCUGAUUCAGCGUUCCCUCGUCCCUCCUCGCUCCGGAAUAUUCACCAAACAUUCACACAGCUGCAAAUAUGAGAUGAGAUUAAUGACAUUUGUCCCCCACAAAUCUUCCCUCCUCCUUUCUUUAGGUUUCAUCUUGCUCUCAGUUUUAUUUUUAUUCUUUCACGUAGAUUCAUUCAGCAUUUAACUCAAUGUGUUUUGUUUUUUUGUCGAGUUCCAGAGUAACGAUUUUUCAUGAUGCCUUACAGGUGAUGUAAAUAAACUGUAAAAAGUGUUCUUUCUUUUCAUAUAACGGCUACUAGUUGAAUGUGUAAAUAAAUAUCUCUGCAAACUUA